AUGGCGAACAAGGUGUUUAACGUGGCGGUGUUCUUCGUCGUCUUCCGGGAGUGUCUGGAGGCGGCGGUAAUCGUGUCGGUGCUGCUGUCGUUCGUGCAGCAGGCCGUGGGCGACGCGGACAAGGUGGUGCACCGCAAGCUGAAGUGGCAGAUCUGGAUCGGCGUGGCGCUGGGGAUGCUCAUCUGCCUGGCGGUGGGCGGCGGCUUCAUCGGCGCGUUCUACUCGCUCAAGAAAGACAUCAUGGGCAAGACCGAGGACCUGUGGGAGGGCAUUUUCUGCAUGGUUGCCACGGUGAUGAUCAGCGUGAUGGGCGUGGCCAUGCUGCGCAUCAACAAGCUGCAGGCCAAGUGGCGCGUGAAGAUCGCGCAGGCGCUGGUCGCGCUGCCUGCGCGCCGCCGCGACCGCAUGCGCCUGGGCUUUCUGGCCAAGCGCUACGCAAUGUUCCUGCUGCCCUUUGUGACCGUGCUGCGCGAGGGCCUGGAGGCCGUGGUUUUUGUCGCGGGCGCCGGCGUGUCGUCCUCGACCGCCAGCGCGUCCUCCUACCCGCUGCCCGUGAUCGUAGGCUUGCUGGCCGGCGCGGCCGUGGGCGCCCUGCUGUACUACGGCGCGUCCCGCUCCUCCAUGCAGGUCUUCCUGAUCCUGUCCACGUGUAUUCUAUACCUGAUAGCCGCCGGCCUGUGCUCACGCGGCGCCUGGUUUUUUGAAAACCACCGCUACAACCUGGGCACGGGCGGCGACGCAUCCGAGAGCGGCAGCGGCAACGGCUCCUACAACAUCCUGCAGGCCGUGUACCACGUCAACUGCUGCAACCCGGAGAUCGACAACGGCUGGGACAUCUUCAACUCGUUGCUGGGCUGGCAGAACACCGGCUACCUGGCCAGCAUUCUGGCCUACAACCUGUACUGGCUCGUGCUCAUCGUCGUGUUGCUGCUCAUGAUCUACGAUGAGCGCCACGGGCACCUGCCGCUGUGUCGCGGCCUGCGCCUGCGCCACCUCUCUCCGGGCUACUGGCUGAAGCGCCGCCGCGCGGCAGAGCUCACCGACGCACAGAAGCAGCAGCUGUUCAGCCGUGUCGAUGAGCUGGUCGUCACGGAGGACGGCGUGCACGCCCAGCCGGCCCAGCCGGCGCAGCCAGCCGCGCCGUCGCACUAA